UAUUAAAAUCUUUUAUUCUAAAAUGUAUCCUCAAAGAUAGGUAUCCAUUCACUUCCAAAAGAAAGGAAUCACUCUAAUUGACAAUAAGAAUAGGGUCCUUUUGCUUUUUACAGAACACAACAUGAAGUGAUGAAUCAAAGCAAAGCAAAAUGACUUGUAUUUAUUGAAAUUCAUAUUGAGAUUGGGGAGCCAAGCCAUCUAAACCUUCUGUCUUUAUUGUUAUCUGAGAGAGAGAAAAAAGAGGAGAGAAUGGCAGAGAGUGCAGUUACCUUUCUGAUCAACCAGAUGACACCGCUCCUUCAAGAGAGGCCAAACUUCUAGGAGGAAUUCGGGAAGAAGUUGAGUUCAUCAAAAAUGAGUUGGAGAAGAUGAAAGCUUUUCUGAAGGUUGCUGAUGCAAAUGAAGAGCUUGACCCAGAGCUUGAAGUAUGGGUUAACCAAGUGAGGGAAGUUGCUUAUGACACUGAAGAUGCUCUUGAUGAAGUCAUCCUUCGCCUUGCUCAUCAUCACGGGGCUAUGGUUUUCUUCGCAAGAUUUCCUGUUCUAUUAAGAACUUGAAAGCUCGCCAUCGGAUUGGUUCUGAGAUACGUAAAAUAAAGUCCACAGUCGAAUAUAUACGUAAAAUAAAGAUACCUUUAUGGAUUUCGUAUCUCAGAGCGUGGAUCAAGCUCCACCAUCGUCAACAACACAUUGUAUGAUCGCCGAGGUGAUGCACUUCUACUGGAAGAGGCUGAGCUUGUUGGCAUGGAUGGGCCCAAGAAACAGUUGAUUGGGUGGCUUCUGGAGGACAGUCCAAGACUCAAAGUAGUUUCAGUGGUGGGGAUGGGGGGUAUGGGAAAAACCACCCUAGUAAAGAAAGUCUAUGAUGAUGUGGAGGUGAAGAAUCAUUUCCGAUGCCAUGCUUGGAUCACUGUUUCUCAAUCAUUUGAUCUCAGAGAGCUUCUCAAAGACUUAAUUCGAAGACUCUUCAAUGAAGCCAACAAACCGGUCCCUCAAGAAUUGGAACCCAUGGACAUCAACAACUUGAAAGCGGAAAUCAAAGUUUUCCUUCAACAGAGAAGGUAUGUGCUUGUUUUAGAUGAUGUAUGGCAAAUACAUGCAUGGGAUUCUUUUAAAUAUGCAUUCCCUGACAACAAUAGUGGCAGCCGAAUACUGCUCACGACUCGCAUUGUUGGUGUAGCUUCUACGUCUUGUGUAGAAUUUCCUGAUCACAUUUAUACUAUGAAACCAUUGUCCCAAGAAGAGUCUAGGACUCUUUUCUGUAGGAAGACAUUCCAAGGCAACUGCUGCCCUCCAUAUUUAGAGGAAGUCUCACGACGUAUCUUAGAAAAGUGCAAGGGCUUGCCACUUGCAGUUGUGGCAAUUAGUGGUGUUUUGGCUACCAAAGACACAAGUACAUCCCAUGAAUGGGAAUUGUUUCAUCAUAGCCUUGGCGCUCAGUCAGAAGGCCACGACAAACUUGAGAGUAUGAAAAAGAUACUCUCUCUCAGUUACUAUGAUUUGCCUUUCUAUCUAAAAAUAUGUUUCUUGUAUUUGGGUUUAUUUCCUGAGGAUUACAAGAUUGAGCGCAAGAGAGUGAUUCGACUGUGGAUCGAAGAAGGAUUUGUGGAAGUGAGAGUGGGAAGGACAAUGGAAGAAGUUGCUGAAGUCUAUCUCAAUGAGCUUAUUAAUAGAAGCUUGGUCCAAGUGGCAGAGAUAGAUGGUGUUGGAAGGAUUAGAGAAUGUCGCAUCCAUGACCAUUUUCGUGAAGUAAUUACUUCAAAGUUGAGAGAACAAAACAUUGCUGCCAUGGUAAGCAAAGAAAGCACAACAUGGCCGGAAAAAGUUCGGCGCCUAUCAAUUCAGUAAACCUUGGCAAACUUGCAGCAUACAAAUCGUUUUCCUCAACUCCGUUCCUUGCUCACGUUCUCAGUUGAAGAACCUAUAUCCAAGUGGUUGAUGCCUAUAUUGUUCAAUGGUGGGGUUAGGUUGUUGAAGGUUUUGGACUUGUGGGGUACUUCUUUAAAGAUACUUCCAAAUGAAGUUGGCAAACUAUUUCAUCUAAGGUAUUUAAGCUUGAGGAGAACACAGGUUAAAACGCUUCCGAAAUCCAUAGGUAAGCUUAAAAACCUUGAAACUUUGGAUCUCAAAGGCACCUAUGUAACUGAGUUGCCUGUUCAGAUCUCAAAGCUCCAGCGUCUUCAUCAUCUCUUGGUGUACUGCUACGGUACUAGAAAAUAUGGCUUUAAAGCAAUAGUGGGAAUAGAAGGUUUGUCUUCCUUACAAAAACUUUGUUAUAUUGAAACGAACCAUGAUAAUGGUAGAGUUGUAAUGGGAGAGCUAGGGAGACUGACCCAGCUGACGAGAUUGGGGAUUACAGAGUUGAGAAGGGAGGAUGGGAAGGCUUUGUGCUCCUCUCUUGAAAAGAUGAGUAACCUUCAAGCAUUGGACUUAGAUUCUGUAGAAACGGAAGAAAUUGUUGAUAUUCAACACUUGUCUUCUCCUCCUCGGUCUCUUCAACGGCUCUAUUUGUGGGGACAUUUAGAAAAUUUUCCGCAUUGGAUAACCUCUCUUCAUAACUUGAUGAGAUUGCGGCUUGGGUAUAGCAAGUUAAGGGAUGAUCCAUUGCAAUCCCUUCAAGAUUUGCCCAAUCUGAUAGAAAUUGUACUUGUUAAGGCUUACCAAGGGGAGAAACUGUGUAUCAAAGCGACAGGGUUUCAGAAGCUUAAGAUAUUCGAGCUUUACAAAUUAGAAGGAUUGAGGUGGGUGAGAAUGGAGAAGUGAUCAUUGCCUCAUCUUGAAAAGUUGAUUAUUAGGAACUAUAAUUUGGUGGAAGAGGUACCCACUGGCAUUGAAAAUCUAACUAACCUUAAAUCCCUAAACCUCUUUGGUGUGUCAGAUAAAUUAAAUAGGAAUAAUUACGUAUAAAUGGGGUUAGGGUUCCGUAUUUACUCAGAGGCGGAGUCAAAGUUCCAUAUUUUCCUAAAAUGGAUCGCUGACGUGGCACAUGGAUUAUUACUGUUCAAGAAAUGUUUUGCCAAAAAUGCCCUUAUCACUAUUUCAGCACAUUUACUUAUUGCCCCCAUUUAAUUUAGUCACCCAAAUUGUUGCCCUAAAAUACACACACAGUCGUGCAUCACAUAUCCAUCUCACAUCAGCGCCCCCUCUCUCUCUAACCAACGAAGCAAGACCAGGCAACCCAUCUCGGCACACACCAUCACCGAACAUGGAGCCCUAACCCUCCUUCAUCUCAUUCGUGAAGAGCCCCUCUCUUUCUUUCUCCCCCCCCUCCUCUGUGUAACAGGAUUAAAGCAUCCUUGGUUGAGCCCUAACCCUCAUUCAAGCCCUCUCUCUUUCCCCCUCUGUAACAGCGAAGCACUUCUCCACGUCUAACCGUCAUUGGUGUGCCCUCUGUCUCUGCCCCUCUCUAUAACCCAGCGAAGCAUUUCUCCACUUCUGCCAUUCAUUUAUUGUUGUUCUUGAACUGAAGUAAGUACUCUCUCUCUCUCUCAUACACACACACGUUUAUUUUUUAGAUGAUUAUGGCCCUGAUUUAGUGGUAUAAUUUUUUUUUUUUUUUUCCAAUUGGAUGUCUGAUUUUCAUCUAGGUUAUGUUUAUAUGUAUUCUCCUCUUAUAAUUUCUAUUAUGCAAUCAUAUAUAUAUAUAAUUUCUAUUCUGCAAUCAAGAUUGUUGUUGCUCUGUUUGUUGUAUAUGUUUGAAAUGUGCGUAACAAAAUGUUGCACAAAUUUGGGCUAAUUAUAAGGGCUCAUUUAAAAAAUUAUAAGGUAGUUCCUCCCCUGCACAUGAAUUAUAAUUUUUACAUCUAACAUUUUAAAAUCCAUUCUAAUUACGUUGGUUUUAGCCUGCCUCUUUGUCUACUACCAAAAGGACAUGAAAAAACAAUAUAUAAUUGGAGAAGAAGAAUUCAAUAAUCUCAAAUUUUCAAUCAGUUUUUUAGUCAACUAAUAUAAAUGAACACCAAAAUCUAUGUCACAGGUAUAUGUUGACGGGUAUAACAGACAAUACAGUUUAGGUAUAACAAGAAAGAUGUCUGUAACAAGAAGACAUGGAGAAGAAAACAAUGAGAGAAAAGACAAUGAAGAAGAUAACAAGAGGAAAAAAACCUGGUAGAUUAAUAAAUAAUCUCCUAUUGUGUACAGAAUCACAACAC